GAACCGAGCGAUGACGAAUGGGUAUUCUCCGUUGUUUUUGGCGGCGCAGUUUGGCCAUGAGCUUGAUGCCACAACGCUGGUGGCCGCCGGCGCAGAUGUCCACCAAGUCGACGCCGAGGGCGCGACGCCGCUCUUUAUUGCAGCCCAAAACGGACACGACGCGGUCGUUGCGGCGUUGAUCGUAGCAAAUGCCGACGUCCACCAAACCAUGAAGGAUGGCGCGACGCCGCUUUUUGUUGCGUGUCAGGACGGCCACGUUGCUGUCGUCACGACACUACUGGCGGCGAAUGCUGUUGUCAACCAGGCGAUGAACAACGGCUUGACACCGCUCAUUAAGGCGGCUCAAUUUGGCCAUGACGCGGUUCUGGCUCUUCUUCUCUCGGCCAAUGCAGCUAUCGACCAAGCCAACAGUACGGGCGCGACGCCUCUUUUUAGGGCGUCCAUCAACGAACGCAACUCGACGGUCAAGGUGCUCUUGGCGGCCGACGCCAGCCCCAACCAAGCCGCCGACGACGGCGACACGCCGCUCUUGGCCGCCACGCGCAGUGGCUACCUCGAUAUUGUACAGAGCCUCCUGGACGCCGGCGCCGACGUCAACCAAAGCCUCACGAGCGGCUUCCCAUUUGAAGAUUAUGAGCUUUUGCCUGGCACGACGCCGCUGAUGCUUGCUGCGCUGUGUGGGCGCAAAGACGUUGUGCGUACGCUCCUCCAGCACCACCCCAACCUCCAUGCGUGCGACGAGGAGGGCCGCACAGCGCUGAAAGUGGCGGCUGCUGGCGACCACGCAGCCAUCGUGCAGCUCCUCGUGAACGCCAGUGCCAACUCGCCUGCGGACGUGCGAUGUGACAAAGCAGAGCGUGUCAUGGCAACGACGCUCGAGGCGCUGCUGAAUCGCACCGAGGAGCAAGCCAUCCACGUGUCGAUCCCCUGCGAUGCGUGCAAGACAGCGAACGCGCUUUCGACGACCUCCGACAAGUGUGUGAGCUGCGGUCAAAGCCUUCCGAACGACGACGAGAAGCUGCGCGUGCUUGUCGAGGGCCUUCACCUCACGGCGACGACCGCGUAAACCUGCGAUGGGCUGCAUCUAAUGUGAACACAUUUUCAAUAGCAUCACGCUACAGCUCUCUCUACGUAUGCCAUGCACAAUAUGACGACUUGUACCCGGUCUUUCGUAUGUACUGUACACAGUGCGGCGCUCAUGACACGAACCCUGCAACGGCGUCGAGAAGCUACACCUGCAC